UAAAAGCCAGAAAAGCACUUCCCUUUCCUUAAAGCCUCUCCACUAUCUAUUUUACUAAAAUCCAAUUCACCCAAUAUAUAUACUUAAACCAAAUUGUGUAUCAAUUUAAUGUCUUCUUUAAGAAUUAUACCACAAAAACAAAAAAUUGAAGACAAAACCGCGUUUGACCUUUCUCAAAUUCUUCUACCAUUUGCCAGCCCUAGCCAAUUUACUUCUUCUUCCACCCACAGCGUCCAACAAAUCCCUUUGAACUUUUGUUUCUUCUUCUUCUUCUGUUUUGGGGUUGAAUUUUGAAUCCUUUUGUUUUUCGUUGUUCGAUCUGAUUUGGGUUUUCUUUGUUUUGCUUCCAUGGCGGAGAUCAAGUUAAUCUUGGCUCGCCCGAUUCAAUUGGCUGACCAAGUUACCAAGGCGGCUGAUGAGGCCACCAGUUGUAAGCAGGAGUGCGCCGACCUCAAGGGUAAGACGGAAAGGCUUGCUACUCUUCUCCGUCAGGCGGCUCGAGCGAGUUCCGAUCUCUACGAGCGACCAGCGAAUCGGAUUAUCAAAGAAACUGAACAAGCUUUAGAUAAAGCUUUAUUGCUGGUGCUUAAAUGCAGCGGCAAUGGCCUUAUGAAGCGUGUUUUUACAAUCAUCCCUGCUGCUGCCUUCCGAAAAUCAUUCUCCCAACUCGAGAAUUCCAUCGGUGAUGUCUCGUGGUUGCUUCGAGUUUCCGCUUCUGCUGAGGGUCGUGGCGAUGAGUAUUUGGGUCUUCCUCCAAUCGCCGCUAAUGAACCCAUUCUAGGUCUUAUCUGGGAACAGAUUGCUAUUCUCUCAACUGGGUCGCCGGAAGAUCGAACUGACGCGGCGGCGUCGUUGGUUUCUUUGGCGAAAGACAGUGACAGAUAUGGGAAACGGAUAAUCGAAGAAGGCGGCGUUGGGGCGUUGUUGAAGUUGCUGAAAGAAGGUAAGGUUGAAGGUCAAGAAAACGCUGCAAAUGCAAUUAGGCUUUUGGGGCGCGACCCUGAGAAUGUUGAAGCCAUGAUUCAGGCUGGUGUCUGCCAGGUGUUUGCGAAAAUUCUCAAAGAAGGUCCGAUGAAAGUUCAGGCCGUGGUUGCUUGGGCUAUAUCAGAACUCGUUUCUAGUUACCCAAAAUGUCAAGAUCUCUUUGAACAACACUAUAUUAUCCGUUCCCUUGUGAGCCAUCUUGCGUUUGAGACUGUUCAAGAACAUAGCAAAUACAAUAUCACUGUCAAUAAAGCCACCUCGAUCCAUGCUUUGGUAUUGGCGAAUAACGCCAAAACGAAUAAUGUUUAUAAAGCUGCGGAUGAUGAUGAUCGACAGCUUCAUAGUCGGAUUCUUCAUCCAAUGGGAAAUCGAACCCCAAAUCAGAUGCACGCUGUGGUUACCAACAGUAUGAACAUGCUCUCUGGUGGGGCAGUGCCGUCUACAACAGCAACUCCACAGCCAAGCCACAUGGAAGGCCACAGCCUUAGCAGCAAUGGAAAGCAUAUCAUUCCACAUCAUUCCCCUUACCUUCACCAUGCUCAUUCCGGCCCCAGCACGAAGGGCAGGGAACUCGAGGACCCAGCAACGAAAACCAAGAUGAAAGCAAUGGCAGCUAGAGCCCUUUGGCAGCUUGCCAAAGGGAAUUUGACAAUCUGCCGUAGUAUUACAGAAUCCAGAGCGUUGUUGUGUUUUGCAGUUUUACUCGAGAAGGGGGAACAGGAAGUGCGGCAUAACUCUGCAAUGGCAUUGAUGGAGAUCACUGCCAUGGCUGAGCACGAUCCUGAAUUGAGACGAUCUGCUUUUAAGCCGACGUCCCCCGCUUGCAGAGCAGUUGUGGAACAGUUGCUGAAGAUCAUCGAAAAAGAAGAUGCAGAUCUUCUCAUCCCGUGUGUCAAAUCCAUUGGACAUUUGGCGAGGACGUUCCGCGCGACUGAGAAGAGAAUGAUCACCCCAUUAGUGCAGCUUCUUGACGAAAGAGAGGCCGAGGUCUCAAAGGAGGCUUGCAUUGCUCUCACCAAAUUUGCCUGCACAGAUAACUUCCUCCACAUCAAUCACUGCGAGGAAAUUAUAGCUGCAGGAGGAGCAAAACACUUAGUCCAGCUAGUGUACUUUGGGGAACAAAGUGUUAAACUUGAUGCAGUAACUCUAUUAUGUUACAUUGCCCUGCAUUUGCCAGAUAGAGAGGAGCUUGCUCGGGCAGAGACGCUUCCCGUGAUCGAAUGGGCGUCAAAACAAUCUCAAUUGACGCAGGACGAAGCACACGAAAGACUAUUACAUGAGGCCGCGAAUAAGCUAGAGCUGUUUCAAUCUAGAGGUCCAAGAGGAGGAUACCAUUGACAGGCAAGGUUUCUAAUUUCUUCCGUGAGUUGAAAUUUUUUCCAUUUUUACACAUUAUUUUCGUUCGACUGUAUGUAUUAGAUUCAUUUUCCAUCCACAAUUGUUCAAAAAGUAAUGUAAUAAUUAGUGAAAGUUGGUUGUUUGCUUCUUUGUAUCCUUCAUCUGCCUGUCAUGGAGACAAAAUUUACAGGUUCCUCCAUGGUUUGAUUUCAAAUGAUCACAUACCCUCUUUUUUUCA